AUGAUCAAACGAGCUCUGUCCCGGCUUAAGAUGCUCAAGAAGAAAAGAUAUUCAAUCCUCAGGCAAUUGCGUGAAGAUUUGGCUGAGCUGAUUAGUAAUGGCUAUCAACAAAUUGCCUUCAACAGGGUGGAGCAGCUUAUUAGAGAUGAAAGCCUUAUGGAGGCGUACGAUUUGAUUGAGAAUUUCUGUGAAUUCAUCCUCCUGAACUUCUCCCAUGUCAGAAAACACAAGACCUGCCCAGAUGAUGUUAUUGAAGCAAUUUCAAGUCUCAUAUUUGCCUCUGCAAGAUGUGGGGACUUGCCUGAACUUAAAUCGGUUCGGAAGCUCUUCGAGGAGCGAUUUGGUCGGAGUUUCGCCGCGACUGCUGUCGAAUUGUGCCCUGGAAAUCUUGUGAAUCCACAGAUUAAAGAGAAGCUUCUUGUGAAGCCUGUUUCAGAUCAUGAGAAGCAAGGAUUGAUCAGUGAAAUAGCUAGAGAUUGCUUUCGUCCAGCAAUUUUGGCUCUUGAAUACUGUCCUGACUGGCAUCAGAAACAGGUACUGGAGAAUGGAGAUCAAACUCAUUGUGAGAGCAAAGAAGAACCAAACAUUCAGGAUUCAAAUGCUGAAGAGUUCGAGAGAAAAGUAAUGUGUGUCAGUCCAUCACAGGAAGUGUGUAGCAGCUCUGCCACUUUGGAAGAUGCAUCCUCUCCUGAAUGCUCUCCAUUUUGUGAAGAAACUCUUGUUUAUCUCGAUGAUGUAGUUGAGCUUCCGAACCCCUCGAUGGAAGAAGGAUACUUGUGGGAUCAGAGAUUAUUCAAGUUCAAAUCACCUGUUACGGGAAUGAGAGAAAACGUUCAAUAUGGCAAUGGUCAAGGUCUCAUAGAAGAACAUCACAACAACUCGAAGAAGAGAUCAGUCUCGGAAAGAUCUAGCCAGAGUAUGAAUAAAUCUCCGAAAAGAUCGAUGAGAAGAUCGACGCAUCAAGAGGAUGAUAGUUUAAGUCAUCCAAAGAAGAGAUUAAUGAAGUGUUGCUGCCUAUCAUGCCAUAGCUCCUGGUUGCCAUCUGGAAUGGAAAACUACUGCUUGGAGCAGCCAAGUUAUGUGUAUUCUGAAGUUUUGAUAUCAGAGAAGAAGAAAGUUGAUCCACAUUUUAUUUUAGAUAAUAGUUUGUCUGGCAAAGACCGCCAUCGAGUCGAAUUCGAUACGCUCCCCAGGACAGAAAAGAUAAGAAAUUGUGAGGUUGGAACUAUAGUUUAUGAUGUUUUUGUCUAUUCUCAUUGCCAGCCAGUUGAGAACAAGGAAACUAAUGCAAAACCAGAAGAAAUCAGUACAAAGUGUAAGCAUGAAUCUUCUCUCGGUUUCAAUGGAAUGAAAAGUAGUUUCACAAAAUGUACGAAAGCUGCCGAUAAGUAUCCGAGCCAUGUUCAUCCGAAGUUGCCCGACUACGACGAAAUCGCAGCCAAAUUCAUAGCUCUGAAGAGAGAAUAUUCACAGAGAAAGCAGCACCAAUGA